CAGGUACAUGCAUUGUCGAAAGGGUAAACUUUCAAUCACCAUCAUCAUCAUCAUCAUCAUCGUCAAUAACUCACUCUUAUCUGCAAAGCAAAGAGCUCUGGAAAACUGUUUCUUGGUAUUUUCGAUUUUUCCUCUCUUGGUUCAAUCUUUACUAAAUUCAAGAAGUAUGAGUAAGCGCUUUUUCAAGCAAGAGCAUGACUUUGAAAAGAGGCGUGCCGAGGCUGCAAGAAUCAGGGAGAAAUACCCGGAUAGAAUUCCAGUGAUUGUGGAGAAAGCUGAGAGAAGUGAUAUUCCCAACAUUGACAAGAAAAAAUACCUUGUCCCAGCUGACCUCACGGUGGGUCAAUUCGUCUAUGUAAUUCGGAAGAGAAUUAAACUGAGUGCAGAAAAGGCAAUCUUUAUAUUUGUGGAUAAUGUCCUCCCACCAACAGGAGCUAUAAUGUCUACCAUUUAUGAUGAAAAGAAGGACGAAGAUGGAUUUCUCUAUGUUACUUACAGUGGAGAAAACACAUUUGGUUAACAGAUUAUGAAGCCUCAAGUCAUCUGUCAUUGGUUUCCGGUCAUCGGUAUUUUGUCAUACUCCACCCCGUUCUUGCAUUGCCUUGAACAAUACUGGCAUCGUACCAAAUGUAUGAACCUAUUUCUGUGAUUAUAUUUACAUUGCACUUUGUAUAUAACAAACCAACAAACUUUAUGAUGCUAUUCCAUUGAUGUGUAUAAUCCUUCCCCUCCAA